AAUUACUUCCAUACAUAAUUGUACCCAUCUUCCCCUCCCACCUGUUGCCAACCUGCACUCAGAUAGUGCUACAAAAACGUCCCCCCAAGAAAAAAGAAUACUUUAGUAACUGCUAAGUAUAAUAGUGUCUUAUAUUUCUCCAAACGCAUUUUAGUGCCACCAGCCUCUAGCCCCCAACGCAACACCCUCCACCCCCCCACAAAAAGAAUGGGUGUUUGGAGCAACACAAGAAUCCUGCUGCUGAUUAUCCUGCUAACGUGCGCCCUACUCCCGCCAUCAGAGCCAGAUCCAAACGACGAGUUAUGCUUAACCCACCUCAGUGAAUCCCUUCAAGACCCAUUAAAGAACCUCCAAAACUGGAGCAAAGCUACCUUCGCUAACCCUUGCCAAGGCUUCACCUCCUUCCUCCAAGGUGCCACCUGCAACAACGGCCGCAUUUACAAACUCUCCCUCUCCAACCUCUCCCUAAAGGGCUCCAUCUCCCCCAAUAUCUCCAGCUGUACUAAUCUUCAAGCACUCGACCUCUCCUCCAACGCCAUCUCCGGCUCCAUCCCCCCUGACCUCCAAUACCUCGUCAAUCUCGCUGUCCUGAACCUCUCCUCUAACCGCCUUUCCGGGCCAAUCCCGCAACAGCUCGCUCUCUGCGCCUACCUUAAUGUGAUCGAUCUCCACGAUAACCAACUUUCCGCGCUCAUCCCUCAGCAGCUGGGAUUGCUGGCCCGCCUCUCGGUUUUCGAUGUUUCGAAUAACAAGUUGUCGGGUCCGAUACCUUCGUCCUUAGGAAAUAGAAGCGGGAACCUGCCGAGGUUUAAUGCGAGCUCCUACGAGGGGAAUAAGGAUCUGUACGGGUACCCAUUGCCGCCGAUGAGGAGCAAAGGGCUAUCGGUUCUGGCCAUUGUGGGGAUCGGAUUGGGGAGUGGGUUGUUGAGUCUGGUGCUGAGCUUUACAGCUGUUUGCGUAUGGUUGAAAAUUUCGGAGCAGAAAAUGGCUGCUGAAGAAGGCAAAAUUAGUCAACUCAUGCCGGAUUACUGAUUCAGCCUCUUUUUUUUUUUUUUCUUUUUUUGUUCUCUCUUGAAUUCUUCUUUUUUUAAAAAAAUAUAUUAUUAAUGGAGCUGCCACUAAGAAUCAAUGGCUGGAUAGGAUUGGAUGGAACUUACAGGUAUGUUUAGGGAGGUGGUGUUAGUAUUGGUAGUAGAUUAGCAGUAGUAGUAAAUUUUAGUGGCGAUGAUUGUGAUGGGCAUCUGGAUUGAAGUUCCAUGUUGUUGGCUUUUUGCUAAAAUUUGGGGGUAUUUUCCAACUUCAUUUUUGGGGGGGGGGGGGGGGAUUUAGUUGCUCUUUUUUUUGUUUUUGUUUUGUUUGCGCCCCCUUUUACGUCUUCGGUUGUGACCGUUUUCCUUCUUUUUUUUUUUCCCACCUUUUGUGCUAAAUUUUGGUUUCAUCCUUCUGAAACAUUUGACAAUGUAAAGAAUUAACGAAUUCAAUUACGAGUUAAGGCAAAUA